GUAACAAAUGCAACAAUUUAAAUAAAGUUCUAAAAAAAAAAAAAAAAAAACAAAAAAAAAACAAGACCGACGUAACACCGGAGCAGCAUCGGGAAACUGAGAGGAAGCGUUUUUAUCCCCCGCCCCAGUGUUCGGGUGAUAUUUAAACAUGACCGAAUAAAGUCUCCCGAGGUUCGGACACCGACUGAAACACGCCCAGUUUAAGGCAGUCCGAACUGUCUGUGAGACCAUGGUGGACAAUCGCUACGCCACGGCUUUGGUCAUCGGCUCAGUCCUCAGUCUGCUGGCCACUGUCUACCUGUCCGUGGCGGUGGGGACUCAGAACUGGUUCCAGUACAGCAGCCCGCUUAUCAAACAGUGUAUCAACACCACUGUGAUCAAAAAUGAGUUCCUCACUGGAGAAUUUGAUGAGAAGACAUACAGCAGCCACCUGUUCACGUGGAACGGCACCUUGGGUCUGUGGUGGAGGUGUAUCCAGGUUCCUCACUGCACCCAUUGGUAUUGCUGUCAGCAAGGUGAUCUUCAGACAGGCAAUGAAAGUGACAACACAACACAGCAGAGAAAUUGCACUCAUCAAAGUGGAUGUACAGAUCCUAAGACGGAGACCCUCUGUGUGAGCUUCACCCUUCCUCAGCAAUUCAGUACAAAGGUCAAACAAAAUACGAGCGAGGAGGAUCUGCUCAGAACAUAUCUGUGGAGGUGCCAGUUUCUGCUGCCCCUGGUGUCCUUGUCUCUGGUGUUUCUCAGUGGUCUCGUAGGGGUCUGUGCCUGCCUGUGCCGCAGCUUCACGCCAACCCUGGUUGUAGGAUUGUUCCAUUUUAUUGCAGGUCUCUGCUCUUUGGGAACCGUCUGCUGUUUUCGGAGCAGCGUGCAUCUGCUCAACAGCGAAUACCAAAAACCGAGAAACGCCGUUGAGUUAGUGGGGUGGUCUCUCUACCUGGCCCUCAUCUCCUUCCCCCUGCAGAUGAUGGCCGCCGCUCUGUUCCUGUGGGCGGCCAGAAGUCACCGCAAACACUACACCCGCAUAACCGCAUAUAGGGUUGCAUAAAGAGAGAGGAAUAAUAUAUUUGACAAUAACCAGUAGGUCUACACCUUCCUUCCAACAAUUUGUGGUUGUAGUUCAAUAAAAUGUUCAGGUCGUAGCUUUUCACUUCCACUGUAGCAGUUUUGCAAUGCAGAAAUAGUUCAGGGUAUCACAGGUUUAAACGUCAGCUGCAACCAAUCCAUACGUACUCAUAAACACAUUGAAUCAUUUCGUGUGGCUUUAUAUAUCACCUUUGCCUUUUUUGUUUUUUUACCCCAUUACUGUGUUGUGUAUCAUCUUGAUGUUGCAUAUUUUUAGCUUCUAGAGGUAUUUGAGCUAUAUUUGUUUCUGCUGGGUUUUUUAUUUUGCCAUUUGCCUUCUUUUGUUGCCAAUGCUUUUUCAGCUGCUCACCAUAUUGUCCUUAAAUCGGAUGCAACUGUGUAAACUUGCACUAUCUGACUUUUAGAUGUGGACUUUUAUGAUCCAAAUCAAGGUAGUUGUUUCUGUUACUGAAAACAGUCUGGUGCAUCUUUAUUUAACUUUUGUCUUGUUUUUGCAUCAUUUUUAAAUAUCAUGGCUUUGCAUGUCGUUUGGGUUGACCUUUCCAUCAUCUGUGGUAUUUUUUUUAUUUUGGUCUGUGGUAAAAUGACUAAAUGUCAUAAAAUGCCACAGUCUAAAAGUGAAACCACUCACCUUCUGCUGUCAUUGAUAUUGAUGAAUUUUGUGUGUAUUGAUGCAGCAUAAUUAUCAAUUUCAUUGUGUUGGUUUUGCAACAAGCCGAAUCUAUUAAAUGCGUUCAGGAAAUUCAGUUACUACUGCCAUUUAAAUGUUAAAAGCUGUCUAAACAGUUACUUUCUCAGUUGUUCAACGUUGGUUUUAGAGGAGUUUGUCUAUUUUUGCAGUUUAUCUUCAUGGUUUGCCUGACCAUACACUCAAAAAAAAAAACACAUUCUUGAUAUAAGACACCUUGCAAAAGUAUCUACACCCUUGAGUUUGCACAUUCAGCAUCCCUACAACCACAGGACUCACUAUUUUUGGACCAACACCUCGCAGUGCAUAAAUGGGAAGCUAAAAGUAAAUUGACAUGCAAGCACCUCAGCUUUCUGGUUGGUGCUGCAAUUCUUUUGGGGUAGCUCUCUUCCAGCCUUAAAAAUCUACAAAGUUUUGCCAAUUCUAUAUUUGGAAAACACCUAGCUCUGAUUAGAUACAUCUAGGAAGAACAGUUUUUGUCUUUUUUCUCUUGAGUUUAGUUUUGAACUUUGACUAGUUAAUUUCCACACCUUUUUACUCUUUAAUCUGAACCAUUCAAUUUUAUUCCUGGCCAUAUGUUUAGGCUGGUUGUCAUGCUGGAAGUUGUAGCUCUGCUCCAAAUUGAGAUCUUUUGCAGCCUCUAACAGAUUUUCAUCCAGAAAGGCCCUGUAUUUAAUUCAAUCCAUCUUAGCUCUUGUCUGGGAGUUUGUGAUUGUAACCUGACAAAAUGUGAAAGGUUUGAGGGUAAUAAUACUUUUGCAGUACAAAGUUGCAGAGUGAACAACUCCAGUAAUUGUUUUAUUUGGCUAAUUAUUUCACUGAUUUGCACAGUGGCUAGAUUCUCAUUUCUUCAACCAACAUGAUUUUUUUCAGAAAGAAAUUUUUCAAAAGCAACAAAAAUGAUUAACAUUUGCUCAAAAUGUGUAGAUUUCUAUUCUUGGAGAAAGAAAAUGUUUAGAAAACAGCACAAUUUGAAAACGGAAAGCAAUACUUCAUAUUUUUAUACCACGUGAGGACAAUUUAGGUUAUUGGGACUAAAGUUCUUUAAAACUUUAAGGGGAAGGGAAUAACUAUAGGAAAAAUAAGAAAAUAGGCUUCAGUUCCCCAGCUAAAUAUUUUCUUGUUUUCCAUCUGAUGAUUUAUUUGUUCUGUUACAGAGUGAUGGACAUAAAUCAGGGUUAUUGUUGCCAAGUUGUCGCCCCCAUCAUGCCCUGUGUUUACCAUGAGGGGACAGUGUUAGGAUCUGGCUUUUAUUCAAUUGGUCAGGUAAGAUUUCAAAAAAGACUCCAGAACAUCAAACUAUCUGAUAAUCUGAUUAUAUUCACUCUUGAGCACAUUAGCACAGAAUCCUCACGGUUUUAGGUUUUCACAAGAUAAUUUCAGGGGAAAAAAAAAAAAAAAACCUUGGCAAAUUUAAAGUGCGCAAAAUAUCUGUAUGAAACAUUUUGUUAAUUCACAAUGAUCACAGAUGUUUUAACUGUUACAUUUUCAAAUAAGUAGGAAUUUGUCAUUUCACAUCGAUGUCAGAAAAUAAAUUUGUGACUUUGUUUUGAACUGACAUCUUUAACUGAAGUGUUUCCUGUCAGUAUGUAGAGUUAUACGUAUUGAAAACUUUUUCAUAUUCUGAAGAACAAUAUUGUAUUGUUGCUGUGUGAAAUAAAUUUAAGAAUUGGUUACUUUUA